GCCCCACGCCGGCGGCAGGCAGUGCUUUCUUCGUCUUGGCUGGCGGCGCUGCGGUCUUGUGGUGGCUUCGUCGCAGUCGUCCCGAGUGUUUCGAGAGACCCCCCGCUGUUUCGACGACGUCUUCGACCGAUAGUGACACCGGUGUUUUGUUUUCCGCUUCCAUACCUUCUUCAAUAUCGACGUCGUCGUCCGGAGAUGGUGACCGACUGUUAAAUCGCGGGUUUGGGUUCUUCGGGGAGGUGGCCGCUGCUUCGGCCGGCUCCUUCUGGGGUCCGCGGGAGUCCUCGGAUGUGCGCGUGAUGGUCCCGGACAUCCCGAGCAGCGCGCUGGCCGCGCUCAGGGGCAUACUGGUGUCGUCGCUGUCGAGGGAGAACCUCCCCCUGGGGGACCCCGCCGCGCCCUCCGUCCCGCCCCGGCGACACCGCGCGCGCAAGGUCACCUUCCUGGACGCCGAGGCCGGGGCCGCGCCAGCAGACUCCAGCCAGAGGCCUGCACCAGGACGGCCGUCGGCCCAGAAAGGACAACCCGGUACACUUCAUUGGUUUGCGUACAUUGGGAAGGAAGGGGAGGCGCUGCAGAAUGACACUGUGUCUAGCUCAGAUUCAGACUUGUUAGCCAGCGCUGCCGGUGGCGUCGGCACUACCGAAGCCCAGCCCUGGUUUGAUUCUGCCACCGAUCCAGGCAAGGAGAAUGGCGGCGCGGCACAGAAAGAGCGUGAGGAGAGGAUCCGGGCGCUGCGCGAGCGCCAGGGCGAGGAGCGCCAGCGCAAGCUGGAGGAGCUGAAGCAGCAGGCGCUCGCCGCGCAGAGGUUCCGCGAGCAGAAGGAGGAGGAGCGGCGCCGCCGCAUCGAGGAGCUGCGCCUGCGCGACAACGACCGGCGCCACCAGGUGGAGGAGCGCAAGCGCCUCAUCUGGGAGGCGGAGCACAACCGCCGCGAGGCCAUCCUGCGCAAGAACAUGGAACGAGAAGCACGCAUCGAUACCAAGCGGAAAAAUGAAUGCAGCUCGAUAGUGUUUGCGUUUGGCAGCUCCACCCCCAGAAUGCUGGAACCAGCAGACACUGGCGGCUCUUUCUGGGGCACACGCAAGGCCACGUCGACGACGAACGUGAUGAUGUUCACGGCGGCGCCUCUGACCCGUCGCUCCUCCGAGCGGGAGCUGGACGGCGGCAAGAAGAGGGCCACGUCAGCCGGUGGGCUGGACCGCAAGCCUGCCGAAGAUUUCAAAAUGUCCACGUCCAUGUACGAGAUAUUCCAUUGGGACGCACCCCCCGACCAACCCCUCCACCCCCAGCGAGCCAGGAGCCUGUCGUCCCACCCCGUCCGCUCGGCGAGCGAGCAGUCCCGUUCCGGGCCCCCUGUCCCCACCAACCUGAGCCUGAGCACGGGCGGCGGGCACGUCCGUAGCUACUCUAGCGCCCCCCAGACACCCUUGUCCCGAAACGUUAACAGUAUGUUCGGUGGUCCGUCUGGUGGCGAGGAACAAGAAGCGGCGGACGGCGCCACGCCGACCUCGCACGCGGCCUCGGUGACGCGCGUGAACCGCCGCAAGACGGACCUGAUGCCCACGAUGCCGUCGCCGCGGGACGGCGCCCGCCCCGGGUCCGCGCGGGCGUCCCUGGGCCGCUCGCCAGGUAGGGCGUACUCCAUGUCGCGCCUGGACCAGCUGGCGCAGCCGCGCCGCCCCGCGCCGCUGGUCCCGCUCCCGGAGCAGCAGCACGCGUCGCCCCUGGCCGCGGCCAUGUCGCGCAGCAUGAGCCACCUGGCCGCGGGCGCGGCGCUGCGACGCUCGGGGGUGGCCCGCAGCAUGUCCCACCUGGGCGCCCGCCCGGUCCCUCCCCCGCGGCUCACGCGCGCCGAGAAGCUGCGGCAGAAGCUGCGCGGCCAGUCUGCCUCAGGCCUCCGCUCGGGGGAGAUAACCCCCACGCACCCGUCGCGACCCCAGAGCGCCCUCAGCCAGCAGAGUGUGGCGAGCGUCAACUCCGGGGUGAGCCUGCGGGCGCGUCCCACCGCCACGCCCCGUCGCCAGAGACCCUUCAGCAUCGCGGUCACAGGGGUGAGCCCCAAGAUGGCCGUGGACAAGGAGGGCAAGGAGGGCAAAGAGGCCAGCAAGCCGCCGCUGCCCAGGGUGCAUGCCCCCAAGAAGCCCGCCCCCCAGCCCAAGCCGGAGGCCCCGGCGCGCAAGAACGCCGCCGACAGGGUCCUGAAGGCUGCCAAGGCGUCCCCGAGGGUGACGCCCAAGGCCACGCCGCUGACGUCGCCCGGCUCUGAGACCCCUCCCUCGGCCCUGGCCCAGGAGCCGGAGGCGGGGCCCGUGGGGGACGAGGAGGAGGGGGGGAAGCCGGCGGCGGUCGCCAGCGAGCCGGCCCCCGAGCCGCCCCAGGCGGUCGCAGCGGCGACGGAGGCCCCUGCCGCGCCGCCGGCAGCACAGGAGCAAGUGGAGCAGGCGCAGGCCGCGCAGGCUGCCAAGCCGGCAGACCCCCUGGAGCAGGAGAGCGAGAUGACCGCGUCCAUGAUCGCAAAGACCCGCAUCACGACGGAGGAGGAGGCGAAGGCGGCCCUCGCGGAGCGCAGGCGGCUGGCGCGGGAGCAGGCGGAGCGCGAGGCCGAGCUGGAGAAGCAGCGCCAGGAGGAGCAGGAGCGCCUGGAGGAGGAGCGCGUGCGCCAGGAGGAGGAGGAGCAGCGCCGGUUCGAGGAGGAGCAGCUGCGCCUGGUGGAGGAGGCCAGGCGCGCCGAGGAGGAGCGCCUGCUGCAAGCCAUACAGGAAAACGAGAGACGUGAGGAGGAAGAACGAAAACGAAGAGAGGAGGAAGCUAGAGCAAAAGCAGAAAGGGAAGAGAUGGAGAAGAAAGCUAGGGAGGAGGCGGAGAGGCUGCGCAAGGAGAUGGACGAGAAGUUGAAGAAGGAAGAAGAAGAGCGCGUCGCACGUCGCAAGCGAGUGGAAGCCAUCAUGCUGCGCACCAGACAGUCCAAAGGUGGCACUCCUACUGGGACUCCCACCAAGGGUCAGAACGACGGGGACAGCGAGGGGGAAAACGGCAGGGAGCAGAGCGAGCAGGACGCGAAGGGUGUUGACGCGAAGGUGGAGGACGGCGGUGACGGCUGUUCCGGGCCCAGCAACGGCCAGCUGGACGGCUUCGCGCAAGCCAGAAUUGGGCCGGCCGGCUCGAGCAGUGAAAUGUUGAUAGACAGCGAAGUGAAGCACGCUAUGGAGACUAGCGAGGACUUGAUCACGUGUGCCACUAGCGACGUGCUGCAGCAACAGCAACAGCAGCAACAGAGCAACGGCCAUCGAAAUGGCAUUCUAGACUUUGUCAAUGUAGAUAACAUAACGCAGAACAACCUGCUGGACUUGUCCGGCUUCGACUCGUUCGGCGCCACCAACAACGUCCUCAACGCCUCGCAGCAGCCCACGGCCGAGUUCCUGUUCGACCCGCUGGGCCCGGGCGUGGGCAAGAUCACCAACGAGGACAACGUCAACUCCAACGUCAUCAACAACGGCAGCCCGGCCACGCUCAUCGCGUUCGACGACAACCUGUCCAAGAAGCAGGACAACAACUCUGUUACUGACUUGCUAUCAUAACCAGUCAGCAUGAUAGUGAAGCACUGACGAGUUGACGCCGACGAGCGAAGACUGCGGGAUGCACUGCGUUCUGGUGCUGUUGGCACCACUGCUAAUGCAGCAAGCCGACGUGAUCUUCGUUUGUUUUGAGACCCCGGCCCUCCCAAGUUGUAGUUGUGUAAUGUGCUUUUUCCCAUCCUGCAUGAGCUAAAGCUUCGGGAUAAAAAAAAAAGCUUUAAGCUGCACAGAUUUUCGUUAGCGUGCAUACUGUGGUGAUGUGCACAAAAUAAAAAUAAUGGUUAACAGGUCAGUUUAUUUCACCUGUCCUAUAUUGCAAGUUAAGCUAAAACUAUCUGGUGUUAAGCAUGCUUAAAUUAUUGUAAUGUUUACUCUCCAUUUUUUUUUUAAACUGUACAUUUUUUUUUGUAAAAUCAUUUUAACUGAAGUAUGUUUUUUUGUGUUUUGAGUGAGUGAGUGCAUGAGAGACAUUAAGGUGUUUCAAAUUCCUGUGACUUUUUAUUGCGAUGUGUGAAUGCUGUGUGGUGCGUGUAGCUAAUAUACAUACAUAUAUUAAUUAUAAAUAUAUAUAUUUGUAAAUAUUUUUAACCCCUCUCCCUAGCAAGCACUGUAUAAAGCAACAUCCCUCAGUUCUGCAGACUUUACGAAGCUGUUUCCUAGUCACUUUGAACAUACACAGCUGCAAUAAAAAAUUUAUUUAUUGAUGACCAUAAUUCACAAGAGCUGCCAGCCAGAUCAUUUCGUCCAAGCACGGAAUGUGCAAAUUAAAAGUAAAACUUUAAAAGCAGGCUUACAAUAAUAUUUCUUACAGGUGUUUGAUGAAGACAAAGUGGUACAUCAUUUAGUAAAUAACACUUAAAAAUUUCAGAACAUGAAUCAUAGUGAACAUUAUCCUGAAAAAUAGUAGUUGUGUGUUAUUUAUCACUAUAAAUAAUUCUGUUUCUUCCAGUAAUCGUCGACCUAAUAUAAUGUGUAAUCAUGUGACAUAAAUAUUUUUUGUAGAUAUGUAGGCUUUUGCGAUUGAAAUGUAAACAUUAAUACUAUCUCUAUCUUGUUGGACUGAUUUUAAUGUUAUGUAUUACAUACACCUUUGAAAACUUUACUAAACUGUACUUCUGCUGAGACGUUUGUACUAUGACCAGGGAUAGAUCAUGGGUGUGGUAGCAUAACUACCGUAUAUACACACACGUUUAUGUAUGUUUAGGUUAAACAAAGUUUUAUUGCUGUGUUGUUAUAAUACAAGUCAACCAUUGACCAGAGACAGUGUGAUGAUCCGUGUUACGUAUGUACUCUCACAAUGCUUGUAUUAAAAAACUCCAUUAUCAAUAUAA